ACUUCCUCCUAUGGCGGCUAAAUCUGAAAAAUGCGCUGAUUGGACAAUUGAGUUGAAAGAUAGAGUAUUUCGUUAAGAGGCUAUUCGGGUUUCUUUCUAAUUGUAAAUAAAAUCAUUCCCCUCUGUUUAUUCCCUUUGGUCUUGAAGAUCUGUAAGACACAGAAACAAUGUCUACUUCAACGUUUGCAUCAUCAAAUCAACGAAUGGUCGAACCGCCAACGCAAUCUUCCAUACAAAAGAUGCUUGAUGAGAACAUUCAUUUAAUUCAAACUAUCAUCGACUAUCAAAAUAAAGGAAAAACUCAAGACAGCGUACACUACCAGCAAAUAUUGCAUAGAAAUCUAGUGUAUCUAGCUACAAUUGCGGACUCAAAUCAGAGUAUGCAGAAUUUAUUAACCCAACCUCCUAAUCAAAGGCCUCAAAUGAAUUCACCCGGUCCUAAUAUGAUGGGAGGACCAACGCAACAACCCGGUGUAUCACAAGCACCGAAUUACCCUAUGCAAAACACACCGUAUAGCCAGCCUUCACAGGCACCUUCUGGAGGUAGACCUCCGAAUAUGAUACCCCAAUCGAAUCAAAUGAUGCCAUCAGGCCCUCAAUAUAAUCAUCAGUCUCCGCAACAACAGAUGAAUCAAAAUAUGCCACAAAAUCGGCCGAUGCAGAGACCAAUGAUGAGCAGUUAUCAGCGUCCUAUGCAAGGCGGCCAAUACGGACAGCAGCAAUAUGGACAAUAUCCUCAGCAGUUUCAAGCUCAAAAUUAUGGCCAGCCUUAUGGUCAAGGUUAUAAUCAAUACAUGCAACAGAAUCAGAGUCAAAUGCCUCAAAAUCCAGUUCAGGUGCCACCAAAUCAGGCACCAAUGCAAAACAGUCAAGCUCAAUUACAACAAAAUCAGAGCCCAUUACAACAGAAUCACUCCCCAAUGCCUAAUAAUCAACCUCAAAUACAAACAAGUCAGGCACCUGUUCAGCAGCCGUCCCAAUCACAAACACCACAACAGCCGACUCAACCACAUCCACCAACAUCAGGAAUGGGGCAAAGUGUGGCUCAAAAUCAGGCAUCACCGGCAAACCAAAAUCAGACAGAAGAACAAGCUGAUGAUCAAAGAGAUGAGGGGGAAGAUCGUUCAUCAAUUGAUCAGGAGGAGAGGGAGGAAAGUUCUAAAACAAAUGACAAUGAGGAACACGCGCAACCCCCAGCUCAACCACAGCCACCACCACCGCCGCCGCCGCCGCCACCACAGCAGCAGCAACACCAAACACCUCCACAAACCCCUUCUCAACCACAAUCUCAGCCUGCUAAUCCUCAGCCACCUAUAACACCUCAUCCGCAGCAGGCCCAUCCACAAGCGGCUCAUCCAUCUCCUCAUCAGCCACCGCAUCAAAAUCCACAUCAACCACCUCAUCAAGCUCAGCAUCAGCCACCUCAUCAGGGGCCACAUCAGCCGCCACAUCAGGCAUCUCAUCAACCUCCCCAUCAGCCUCCGCAUCAGCCUCCCCUUCAAUCCCCUCAUCAGCCGCCUCACCAGACUCCUCACCAACCUCCCCAUCAGCCACCUCAUCAACCUCCUCAUCAGCCUCCCCAUCAGCCUCCUCAUCAGCCACCUCAUCAACCUGCUCAUCAGCCACCUCAUCAACCUCCUCAUCAGCCACCUCACCAACCUCCUCUUCAGCCUCCUCAUCAGCCGCCCCAUCAACCCCCACACCAACCACCUCAUCCACCUCACCAACAGCCACAUCAACCCCCACAUCAGUCACCACAUCAGCCCCCUCACCAACAUCCACAUCAGCCCCCUCCCCAUUCUCAGCAAUCGAAAUCUAGCUAUCAGCAACCACCACAACCACUACCAUCACAGCCCCAACAAAAUCAGCCACCUCAAAAUCAGAUGGCUCCGAUGCCCCCGCCAGCGUAUAAUCAGAAUAUGUCUGCUUAUCCAAACCAAAAUAUGUACAAUUCACCUCAGAAUAUGUACGGACAAAUGUCUCCAGGUUACCAAGGCUAUAAUCAGCCUACUUAUCCGGGCUAUCAGAAUCAACGACCUCCACCUGUUUCCUCAGGCACGUAUCUGAUUGUAACGACGUAG